UUCACAAAUAACACAAGAGCCACAAAUUUGAAUAAUGUCAAAUGACGAUGAGGCCCACUUGACGCCCCAGCUGAAGGAGCACUAUGAGAAGGAGGCGGAAAUUUUGGGUAUGUUAAUGGAUAUGGAGAAACGAUAUUGCGACUUCUAUCAGUUCUAUCAAUGCGAAUUGGAAACACAAAAGAUUAUAACCGAAAGACUCUGGCUACUGACUCAACGAUAUUUGAUAUUGAUUAGCUCAGCGCCCGGCUGUCGCUACCCCGAGGUGUAUACGCUCUCCGCCGAGGAGUCGAUAAUCAAUGAGUAUGAGGAAAAGUUCGAGGUGAUGCGAUCAUCAAACAACAGCAUGAAGCAUGGCAUUUUGAACAUUCAUCUGGAGUGCAAAAAGUUCUAUAAGGCCUACGAUCAGCUGGAUCGCAGUCUAGAGACGCCGUUCAUACUGGGCGAUAAAUAUCAUCGCAGCAUCGAAUCGCACAAGCUCAUGAUGAUCGAUAUAUUCAAUUAUUACUAUGCGGCCGUGCUGAAAAUGAAAUGCUAUUUGCAUCAAUUGGAUCCGAUGAGCCUGGAGAGUGUCGAGGACUAUCGCGAACUGCUCAAGGAGGACAGCUCGAAUGAGGAAUUCGCUGAGCUCGUGAUGAGCACAUUUGUCUACUGCAAAUGCCUCCAGCCCGCACCCACCUGUCCCAUCAAGAAGCUCAAGUGCAGCCAUAAGAAAAUCGAGGAUUUGACAUAUGUUAGCCGAAUAUAAACAGCAGCGCCCUUGCCAUUGCCCUUAUAGAUCUUACAGCUUAACGCAGUCAUUAACUUGGCCAUUAACUGUAUUAUGUCCAUUGUCUGGCCUCACAUUAAAUGUUAUUAAAAGCUCUCAAUGCUCCACAAUAA